AUGUCUACGACUGACGGUGGCUCUCAGGCAAAAUUAUUGGCUGUAGUUCUUCAAGGCGAGGAUAACUAUUGGUUUGCUGAGCCCCGCACCUCUAAACCAUUAGAUGAGAAUUGGUCUCAUGUAGGUUGUUUUUGGCUUUAUCCUGUGGAGUUUGGGAUUGCUCAAUUUGCCGAUCUUCAGGGUUUUGACCCCACUGACUCGGUAUUCGAAAUCGAUACACACGGGGUAUCAAAAGUUCUUCGUGCUGCUACCUUAUCUUAUGAUGUUACGGCUAGAAAGUACGAUCAGGGUAGGCGAACUUUUUAUUUUAUUACACAAAAAGAAAUUAACCGCCUGGAUCUUUGCUAUAGUGCUUUACUGAAAAGGGAAGCGGAGAUACUUCCGUCAUCACAGAAACAAAAUGAUGGUGUGCAAGGCGAAAGUGGUACGAUAAAAGUUGAAGACUUACUGUCCGAAGUCAAUCAAGAGAAAAAAGUCAAUCACUUGAAGAGCACCCAUUUCAAAGAGAACGAAGGGGAUACGACGAAGGAAUUUAAGUCCAAUGCAAUCGCUCUGAGUGAUAAGCGAUCGCAUCAACGCAAAACACCGUAUCAAGGCACCACCGUUUAUCUCGCCCCCACUUUUAGUACGCACACCGGGGACCAUUGUAGUAAUGAGGCAUUCGAAUGGCAACGAUACUACAUCAUCCAUCGUGGCAGCGUCGACUAUCUAGUUCCCAAGCCCGUCGGUAAUACCUACGGCUUUCGUUUGGACAAAGUUUCCCAUGACGGCUUUCCCGUGUUUUUGCUCUACGGGAGCACGGUGAACAACAGCUAUGAGGUGGAGUCUUACGCUAACGCGGUACCCGCAAUGGAUUCGGCGCUGCUGAAGGGCGGUGGCGGUGAAACCGACAGCAUUGGGACUCAAGUGUUGGUGUUAACGCGUCAGCGUGGGAAACGAAAACGGAUGCCAACCACGCACGGGAGUGCCGACGCUUUUUCCUUUUCCUUACAAAGUGUAUCCGAGUUACCCUCGCGCUCGACCUCAUACACCGACGACAGCGGCUCUGAAGCGAAGGCCCCGCCGCUGCAAUUGGCGGUUCCCGCACCGCGUAGGCGCGGGCGGCCGCGAAAGGUGCCGCUUCCGACGCCCCUUGCGGAGAGCGAGGUCACUACUAGCCGAAAAGUGACGUAUCUAUCGCUACGCGAGCAUUAUACAAGCCAUGAAAGUUCAUUUAAAACUAAUAACGAGCAUCCUGAGCCUCUUCAGACAUGUAGUGUGAAUGUUUGGACGGAUUUGACUUCUGAGAUUCCGCCACUCAGUCAGCUAGUAUCUCAGUUUCCUUUUCAACACAAUCCCUCCGAGUCUUUGUGCACCACUGUCUUUCCAGAUGGUAUCUGUGCAACGUAUUCACCUACCACCGCUGUGGAUUUCUUGAAAGUCACUGAUACCAAAAAGAAUCCAAAUGGGGGGAACCAACUGGUAAGCACUGGCGGUAGUAGUGUGCCUAUAGAUGAUGAUAUGAGAAAUCUUUUAGAGCAUAUACAACUUGCUAAGCAACAAAUAAAUGCGUAA